AUGAGUAGUAAGAGAGUGGUAUACUUUUACGAUCCCGAAAUAGGGAACUUCAGCUAUGCAAUGGGACAUCCUAUGAAACCUCUGAGAGUAAAGAUGACACAUACUCUUCUUGUUGGAUAUGAACUUUACAAGUACAUGGAUAUCCUCAGGCCAUUUCAGGCAUCAUAUGAAAACCUAACAAACUUCCAUUCAGUGGAUUAUAUAAACUUCCUUUCAAGUGUUUCCAGUGAAAACAUGGAGGAAAUGAUUAAAGACCUUCACAAGUUCAACAUUAGAGAUGACUGCCCUGUGUUUCCAGGGCUUUAUGAUUACUGCAAACUUACUGCAGGAGGAAGCAUUUAUGCGGCUCAGAAGAUUAGCUCUGGGAAAUACGACGUUGCAAUCAACUGGGCUGGGGGAUUGCACCAUGCCAAGAGAAGCGAAGCUUCGGGGUUUUGUUAUGUAAAUGACAUAGUUCUAGGAAUUCUUGAGCUUCUGAAGUAUAACAAGAGGGUUCUAUACAUAGAUAUAGACGUGCAUCAUGGAGACGGGGUUGAGGAGGCAUUCUAUACCACAGACAGAGUGAUGACUGUUUCCUUUCACAAGUAUGGAGACUACUUCCCAGGAACCGGAAUGGUCUCGGACAUUGGGUUAGCAAAGGGAAGAGGUUAUUCUGUCAAUGUUCCUCUAAAAGAUGGAAUUGACGACGAAAGUUACUUUAGCAUUUUCAAGCCGGUUGUUAGUAAGGUUAUAGAAGUUUAUAGGCCGAAUGCAAUUGUACUCCAGUCGGGAGCAGACUCACUUUCUGGAGAUAAAUUAGGAUGCUUCAAUCUUUCGCACCUGGGACAUUCUAGAUGUAUCAAGUUUGUGCAGAGCUUUAAUAUCCCUCUUAUUCUCCUCGGCGGUGGAGGAUACACUAUCGGGAAUGUCUCAAAAGCAUGGGCUUAUGGGACAAGUGUUGUUCUGGAUGUGGAUAUUCCAAAAGAGAUACCCUACAAUGAGUACUUUGACUAUUAUGCUCCAACAUAUAAGAUAGAUGUCCCUACAUCAAAUAUAGCUAAUCAGAACACCAGAGAAAGUCUGGAUAGCAUUAUAGCAUCGGUGUAUGAGAAUCUUCGAGGAAUAUCUCAUGCGCCGUCGGUACAAAUGAUCGACAUUCCGCCAUCUUUUAUAAGUGAUGAGAGCGACGACGAAGAGCUGUCCAAGAAAAAAGAAGGAGAAGACUCCGACGACUACGAAACGUUCGAUUCAAAGGAAGAUCCAUGA